AUGAUACCUUCAGGGUGCCCGCUUGAGGCGGACAAUAGUUUCGGCCCCGUGACGAAUCCUGGGUGCCGCGAUGGCUUUGAUUUCACCCUUCUGUUCGAGCAGGCGAUAUUCGGCCUCGUCCCUGCGGUCGCGUUUCUCAUCAUUUCUCCUGUUCGACUACAUAUUCUCGCGAAAUGCGAUGUCCGAAUCCAGUUUAACAAAUUGAGAUCUGCAAAACUGAUAACUAUCGUCGUGUUUGCCGCAAUCCAACUCGCCCUGCUCAUUAGCUGGGCACAGAAUGCUAAGCCUUUUACACAUAUCUCCGUGGCAUCUGGCGCGAUCAAUCUUGCAGUGGCAUUGGAGAUUUUAGUCAUAUCGUGGAUGGAGGAUGAGCGAUCAGUCAGACCGUCAUCACUCCUCGCCAUCUAUCUUGUCCUCACGCUACUCUUCGACAUUGUGCAGACCAGAACUCUCUGGUUAUCCCGCGCUGGAAGUCUCAUUCCCAGUCUAUUUACGGCCAGUGUUGCUGCAAAGAUGACGAUGCUUCUUCUGGAGAGUCUGGGGAAGCAGAAGUACCUCACUGGUACGUAUCGUGAUCUGCCACCAGAGUCAACGAGUGGUAUCUUGAACCGGUCCUUUCUGUGGUGGUUGAACCGUCUUUUCCAUGCUGGUUUUCGAUCUUUGCUCACUGUGGGGGAUCUGGAUGUUCUGGAUAAGCCUCUGGAAUCUGCGGGCGCGGCCGAGAAGGCGCGGCAAGCUUGGAUCCAACGCCAGCACCCGGCACGCCGCUUCGAAUUCCCAGUGCAGAUGUGUCGGGCUCUCAGGGCCUCACUGGCACUAGUGGUAUUUCCUCGACUGUGUUUGAUAGGAUUUACUUUUGCGCAACCCUUCCUGAUCACUUCCAUGCUUAACUGGCUUGAUGAUCCAUCUACCGCGUUGAACGAUGGCUACGGUCUUAUCGGCGCCACUAUUCUCAUAUACCUGGGCAUGGCUCUUUCUACACUGUCGUAUAACCACAUGCUAAAUCGGUUCACGACAAUUUUCCGAGGGGCCGCUUCGUCGAUGAUCUAUGACCAUGCGUUGCGCAUCCCCGAUGGGGCACUAGAGGAUCGUUCGGCCACAAUUACUCUCAUGACCACCGACAUUGACCGGAUUAUCGAUUGCCUAGUGACUUUGAAUGAAUGCUGGGCUCGUACUAUUGAGGUCGCGAUUGGCAUUUCGCUGCUUGCUCUUCGUAUGGGAUGGGUUUGUCUGAUGCCAUUGAUUAUCGUGAUCCUAUCUAGCCUAGGGAGCACAUAUAUCUCGAAGAAUAUUGGGGGGCAGCAGAAAAAUUGGGUUGAUGCUGUUCAGCAGCGCAUCGCAAUCACCCGUUCAAUGCUGGCUGAUAUCCAAACUGUUAAGCGGAUAGGGUUGAGUAAGACCUUUCUUCAUAUCAUACAGAACAAACGAGUCCAAGAAACUCAUCAAAUGGCCAAGUAUCGAUGGAGCAUCGUUUGGCAAAACAUGAUCCAGAAUCUACCAUGGGCAUUGGCACCAGCUUUGACCUUCACAGUCUACGCUGCUCAAGGAAAGGAACUUGAUGUUAGCAAGACCCUCAGCAGUCUGUCAAUUAUAACACUUCUCACUAGCCCGGCCUCUAAGCUGCUUAGUGCGGUUCCUUCCACGGCGGCCGCUACGGGAUGCUUUGAUAGAAUCCAAUCAUUUCUCAUGGUGCCGACUGGUCAGCAUCACCCAGAUACAACUUCUAUUACCACGGAAGAAACUCACAUUCACAUGAGCGAUAGCUCUGGUGAGCUGCAACCCAUAUCAUUCUUGAGCAGCGGCACUGCUGAUCCUACAUUCCCCGUCAUAUCUAUGGAACGAGUCAAUAUCCGCCCAGUUACAUCGGCAAAGAUAGUACUGCGGGAUAUCAGCAUCCAAGUUCCAGCUGGAAAUCUAGUAAUCAUUCGGGGACCAGUGGGAUCCGGGAAAACAACUCUGCUUCGGGCUAUACUUAGCCAAGCAGUUUGCGAGAAAGGGGUAACUACAGUAAAAAUCAAAAACCCGGCCCUUUGCGCGCAAAUCCCCUGGAUCCCGAGGGGCACCAUCCGAGAAGCAAUUUGCGGGGUAACUGCUACAGGAUCAGUAACCACUCACGGUAUUGACUGUGAAUGGUAUGCGGACGUUCUUCAUGCAUGUGCUCUGCUUCCAGACCUGGAAUUGUUUCCUGAGGGUGAUGCCACGCAAAUCGGCAAUGGAUCCGGGAAUAAGUUCAGCGGCGGUCAAAUGCAUCGAAUUGCCCUUGCACGGGCUGUGUAUGCCCGUAGGAAACUUUUGUUGUUAGAUGAUGUACUCAGUGCACUAGACCGGAAAACAAAGGCCAUCAUAAUGGAGCGUCUCUUCGGAGGUGACGGACUUCUGCGAAGAACAAUGUCGACCGUUGUGAUGGUGACUCAUGAGAUUGAUUAUCUAUCUUAUGCGGAUCAAGUUCUGGCUCUUUCGGACGGGAAUCUUCGCCGGGAAGAGGCCCGCGAGAGAACCGUCUACCAAGCUUUGCUACCCGAUGCUGCAGCAGAUGAGGGCUUGGAGGAAAGUACAAAGUCGAUGAUGAAAGAGAAAGCAGCCGAGAUCUCUAAAGCGAAUGAUAUUAAUGAUCUCAGAAGAGCAACGGGAGACUCGGCUGUUUAUAGGUACUAUUUGCGCUACAUCGGCUGGACGAAGGCCAUGAUUUUUGUUUCCUUCGUGACUAUCAAUGUCUUCGCCAGUACAUACGGCAAGAUCUUGCUUGAGCGGUGGGCUAACCGCGGCGGAGGUCAAAAGCCGUUAUAUGUCACAAUAUACUUCCUCCUCGCGAUUUGCAACACUAUCGGGAAUGGUGGCUACGUUUGGGCUAUCUUGAUCCUAAUUUCGCCCGCAACGGCACGCCGCCUUCACUAUGUCGUGCUGAGGACCGUUAUUAGGGCGACACCGCAGUUCCUUUCAACAGUUGACAAUGGGUCAAUAUUGAACCGAUUCAGCCAAGACAUGACCCUCGUAGAAAGUCAAUUGCCUAUCGGCGUGUUGAUCACAGUUUCAAAUCUUUUCUCAUCAAUUGCUAGCGCUGCACUCAUUGCUACGGGAUCGGAAUACAUGGCUAUCUCCCUCCCUUUCUUGAUAUUUGCUGUCUUUUUGCUACAGCAUGUUUAUCUAAAAACAUCACGACAGCUCCGACUUCUGGACCUCGAAAGCAGAAGCCCACUGUACUCUCAUUUCCUUGAUACAGUCGAGGGCCUUGCUACAAUUCAAGCAUUUGGGUGGGAAGAAGACUUCCAGAACAAGAACUCAAGACUAUUAGAUGUCACCCAACGCACAUACUAUAUGCUAAAUUGCAUCCAACGUUGGCUGAAUCUGGUCCUGGAUCUGAUUGUUGCCGCAGAAGCGAUUAUUGUCGUUAGCCUAGCGGUAUUUUUGAGGCAGAAAACUAGUGUGGGAUUACUCGGAGUUUCACUAAACAGCAUCCUCUCAUUCAACGGAAGUCUCUCAUCUUUAAUAUCGGGCUGGACACAACUUGAGAUAUCACUUGGUUCAAUCUCACGAGUCAGAGAUUUUGAAAUGGAGGUUCCCAGCGAAGUCACAAGCGGAAAAACGGAACCACCUAGCGAUUGGCCAGAUCGGGGCGCAAUUCACGUCUCGGAAGUUAGUGCACAGUACCAUCCGAAAGCUAUUGCUUUGAAGAGUGUCUCUCUCGUGGCCUCUCCUGGUCAGAAGAUCGGCAUUUGUGGGCGCACUGGGAGUGGAAAGAGCUCCCUAUUAUCCGCAAUUUUGGGCAUGCUCACUAUCACGAAUGGAUCAAUUCUGAUCGACAACGUCGAUCUUGCCACCCUCCAACCUGAAAGGGUCAGAGAAAGGAUCGUCACCAUUCCUCAGGAUCCAUUCAUUAUGGUGGGCUGUACAGUCAGGUUGAACACAGACCCCACAGGAAAGUUCCCCGAUGCAGAUAUCUUCGCGGCCCUAGACCGAGUAGGGAUUUGGAAGGGCGUGUUGGAUGACAGGGGUGGACUGGACGCUGAGAUAACUAAUACUUUAUCUCUAUCGAGAGGCCAACAACAAUUGCUGGAGCUUGCCCGUGCAAUACUGAAGAUACAGGCGAGCAACGCCAAGAUCCUGCUGAUCGAUGAAGCAACUAGCGGUGUCGACAUGGAAACGGACGCUCAUGUUCAGGCCCUUCUGCGACGCGAGCCGUUUCAUUCAUGCACGGUGCUUACUGUGGCACACCGUGUCCAUACGCUCAUGGAUCAUGAUUUAGUCCUCGUUCUAGAUCAGGGAAAGGUGAUAGAGAUGGAUGGGCCCGGGAAACUUGCUGGCCGGAAAGAUAGUAUCUUUAGCAGCCUUCUCAACAGCCAGGCAUAUUGA